UAUUUUGUUUUUUUUACAGUGGCACCCAACAGUCUACCCACAGAGCCAGUGGGUGAAAGACGACAUAGAGACAAAGAGAGGAAAAAGGACUAAAAUGCGUCAGACUACAUAACACCGCUGCUACACAUGGCUUCAUUUAAAAGAUGCGAAAUGGGAAAGAAGGUCUAUUUGCUGAGAAUCUGGAGGUGGGAGAGGUCUCUACACCCAGACCUGGCCAAGUGCGGUGACACCUCGGCGACGUGCACAGGGCUCCUUUUUGGAAUGAGUUGAUUUUGUCCCAACAUUGAUACAAAGACUGACAGCAGUGGUCUCAAAAGAUUCAGGGGACUGCUUUGCUGUUUGAGCUGUUUUACUUGGAAAGGCAAGGCUAGAGAUCAUCAAGACAUUUUUUUAGCAGGUUUUUCAGCUGGACUUUUGUUUGUUGUCAAGCGGUUUGCUGCAACUGGUUUGAAAGUGAAUUUGUUUGUUUAGUUGUUUUUUCCCCUGCUGACUUAGUUUGAAACGCUGGAACUAUCUCUCCUGCCACCAUCCUCAGUUUCUUCCACCCACCCAGUGCCUAAAUAAGCCUUCCCGGGACAAUCACAGAAGUCAUCAGCAGCUGCUGCGCUCAAUCCUCUGCCUGUUCUCCUCUAUGUGCUUCGGCUCUCGGUCUGCUGGCUAUCCACCCACUACCUCUAUAAUUUUCUGGUCUUUUGUUUUUAUAUUCAUUUUUUUUCUGAGGGGCAUAAUCAGAAACCAAGCACGGUAUCAAGCAUUAAUGUAAACACUGAGUUUCGGGAGUGGAGAGAAACCCGUAUUGCUCAAAUUUUAGUCGGGUGUGCUUUUGUGUACAUGUAAAAGUUUGCGCUGGUGCCAGGGAGCAGCUUAAGAAUAGAUUUAUUUAUAUUGUUGCACCAAAUACAGUUACUUUAAAGCCAUACAAAAAUAUUUAUGAAUUACCUACACUUAUUUUUGUAUCACAUUGCUCUUGUAUAGUUUUGCUUUUAUAAGCCUCUAUUAAGAUUAUGCACAUAGAUUAAAUAUUCACCACACGCUGUACACAUGCAAGUGGAGCUGUAUAUUGCUAAAUAAAUAAAAAAAAUCCUCUGUUUUUGAGUGAUUGUAUUAGUGCCGGGAGACAUUGAGUGUCUGUACACAGACAAUCCCUCAUGUUUCCUUUCAGUUGCUGCUUUGCAUAGUGUUGGUUUUCUCUUCAAGUGUGUAGUCAUGGCCCCUCCUCCCAAACAAAGACCAUAUUCGCCAUUUUGACCCGUAAAGCACCCUUUACAGUAGGUAGACAGUAGACAUCUACCUCUCCCGCUGUCUUCCUCCCCUCUCUCUCUGUCUCUGAUGCCGGGUUUCAGCGGUGGGGGGGUUGGGGGAGGAGUAGGUGUCCCUGCUUCUGCUCCUCCCCGUCCAUUUCGCCCCAGCCGAUAUGUCCCGGUGUCUGCAGCCACCACCUUCCUCGUCGGGUCCACCACCCUCUUCUUCUGCUUCACGUGCCCGUGGUUGUCAGAGUAUUUUUCCUCUGUCAUUCCCAUCUACAUUGCCGUGAUCUUCCUGUUCACCCUUGCCAACUUCUGCAUGGCCACUUUCAUGGACCCUGGAGUCUUUCCAAGAGCGGAGGAAGAUGAGGAUAAAGAGGAUGAUUUCCGCGCUCCGCUCUAUAAGACGGUGGAGAUCAAAGGCAUCCAGGUGCGCAUGAAGUGGUGCUCGACCUGCCGCUUCUACCGGCCCCCGCGCUGCUCUCACUGCUCAGUGUGCGACAACUGUGUGGAGGAUUUUGACCACCACUGUCCCUGGGUGAACAACUGCAUUGGCCGGAGGAAUUAUCGCUAUUUCUUCCUCUUCCUGCUAUCACUUACCACCCACAUCAUGAACGUGUUUGGCUUUGGCUUGGUUUAUGUCCUGCACCACCGGCAGCAGCUGGACACCCCACACGCUGCUGUUACUAUGGCUGUAAUGUGUGUGGCUGGUCUGUUUUUUGUCCCGGUCGCUGGCCUGACUGGGUUCCACAUAGUGUUAGUGGCCCGUGGUAGGACCACAAAUGAACAGGUGACAGGGAAGUUUCGGGGAGGUGUUAACCCUUUCACCAACGGCUGCAUGAGGAAUAUUUCCCAUGUGCUCUGCAGCUCCCAGGCCCCAAGAUACAUGGGCCGGUGGCGGAGUCCUCAGGCAAUGGAAGUACAGCCACCAUUUCUCAGACCAGCUCUCACUGAGGCCCAGCUAGAGGCCAAGGUCCUGGACAAUGGCAUCCAGAAUGACCGACACAGCACCAGGUCCAAGAACAGUCUAGAUCAGAUGGAGAGCCAGUCAGCUGAUGCGGAGCCUCCACCUCCUCCAAAGCCGGAGCUUCGUUACCCUGGCCUGCCCCGUGCUGACACGGAAGAGAGCAGCUUGUUGACUGAAGCUCCACCUACGCCAUCAAUGUACAAGUACCGACCUGCCUACAACAGCCCAGGAAGGAACCACACUGCCCUCACACAUCCCAACAAGAUGAUCCGCGGGGAGAGUCUUGACUCUCCAUCUCCCUCCAUCCUCCAGUCCAGCCGUCAGCCCAGCUACCGCUCAGAGCCGAGCAGCCUGGACGGGGCCACAGUGGUGGGGGGAGGUGUAGGGCCGCGCAGAGGGGGAGGGGAGAGGGGUGAGGGCCCCGGAGGCCAUAGCGGGACUGCUGCAGGGAUGGCAGGGGGCAUGUCAGGUUACUCCCUCACUGGGCGCUCCUACACCUCCUACCCGUCCUCUCUGGUUCUGUCCACUGGCGGCUCCCACUCCUCCAGCCUGCGCUCAGCGCACACGGCACAUAACCCGCUGGCCACGCUCCAAUCGGAAGGCACCACAGACACCAGCUACAAAAGCCUGGCCAAUCAGACGCCUCGGAAUGGCAGCUUGUCCUACGACAGCCUGCUGACGCCAUCCGAGAGCCCAGAGUUCGAGUCGGCUGCCCACGAGCUGUCGCCGCAGAAGCCCCAUGCUCUGUUUCCCUCAGCGACUAUAACAGGGCAGCCUGAGGUGAUGUCACCCAGUACCCGGCUGCAGGGCUACACGUCGCCCUUCCUCUCGGCUCAGAUUGCCCAGCAGAGGGAGGGGCAGCUGCUCCAGGGCUCUGCCACUUUCUCCUCCCCCCACAGGGCCUACCUGCGUGCAGUCAGUCCGCCCCCUCCCUCCUCUGGGCCUCCUGAGAUCCAGCACCUGCUCCAUCAUAACCAGGACUCUUCUUCCCGAGCCUCUCGUAACCCUUCCUCCUCAUCCUCUUCCCCAGGGGUUCGCUCACUAGAGCCCCCUGUCUCCCCGCCACCUCGAGGCCUGUCCCUUGGCAAGUCCCAGUCUUACACUGGGGAGGCAGGGCCUCCGCACAAACCUCGGCCAGCGGGAGGAGGCACUGUGCUGGGAGGUGGCGGAGCCGGAGGAGGGCAACAGGCUCCACAAUCCACCUCUCGCCCAGUCUUGGCCAAUCACACCACAUCGAAACCAGGGGGUGGGGUGAAGAAGGUGACAGGUGUCGGAGGGACCACUUACGAGAUAUCGGUUUGACAGACAUCCUUCAUGGUCUAUCACAAGGAGUUGGGGGGUAAAAGUCACUGGACUACUUCUACUUACCUGAGCUGGAUAUUAUUCACGACUGCAGGCCCCUGAAAAAUGACUGUUCUCCGCUGCAAAGGACUAAAGGAGCAGGCCUGUCUGGUACUCACUUUGUUAUCUUUGUAACGCCACUGACUACUCUUCUCUGCUAACCUUUCAGAUUUGAACAAAGCGUAAAAGGAGACACUGGUUCAUUUUUCACAGGAUCAAUUUGUCUCCAUUUAGCCACACAGGCGGAUAUGACCGUAUCAUCACCGCUUGGUACAGAUAUGUCUAUAGGACACGCAUAGCUUCUCAAUGAUUUGCUGUUUUACUUUGGUACAUUAGCACACAGAGUAUUGACCACCGUAUCUGACACUUAAGGAAAAGAUGGCCUUUAUCCAGUGGAUGUAGAGUUUUAAGAGGGAGGAUUUUGGACUGUUAACCAUCUGUCUGAACGGACCACACAACCUGUUUAUCAAUACGGUCAUGGAGGGAAGAGUCCAACCUAUAAACACAAUAUCAUUUUAAUUUUAUAAAUCUUUUUUUUUUUUUUAAAUAUUGUUUUAUAUAAAUGUAUAAAAUCUUUCAGAUUAUUAUUAUUGGGUCAAAUUGUCAGGUAUUGAAAAUGACUAUUGAUGAGGGCGGCAGGUGUAGUGUGUGCGUAAUUAUUCAUGAAAGCAAUUUCAAAUCAGUUGCCUGUUUUUAUAUUUAAUGGCUGCAUCAGCCACUCAUGAGCUCUUGCUGGAAUUGACAUCGCCCAAAGAGAACGACGAUCCUUUGGCGGACAGCUGAAGCGGCAAAUGAUUGAGCUUAAAUUUUGAAAGCCACAAAGAAAUUCUGGAAGAAAAAAAAACAAUUGCAGCACAAACAUCUUUGUGGAAUGUACGCUUGUAAUGUUUAUGCUAGACAUUAUGCAAAAUCUGUUGUUAGCUUUAAGAUCAUGUAUGUCUUUUUUUUUUUUUUUCUUUCUUUCUGUAAUGUUUUGUCAGUCAAUCAAAAUGCUAGCAGAACCUUAUACCUUUAACAGAUGGCCAGCCAAAUAGGGGCAGCGAGGGAUGGGGCUUAUUUAUUUCACCAGACAAGACAACGUAGUAGUUUUGGACACAAUUUAAGACCAGUUUCUCUACGAGUUUGUUCUCUUUUUAUUGAGAAAAGAAGAAGAAGAAGAAUGAAUAUUUUUAUGGAAAAAAACACGUUAUCAAUGAAACUGUAAAUGCGAUAUGCCACUAAAUAGUUUUUUAAGGAGGGACUGGUUUGCAAGUAGACUUUUUUUUUUUUUGGCCUUGAAACUAUUCAUAGUGUAGCAAGCGCAUAUGUAUUUUUUUUCUAUUGGUUUUUAUUUUUUACACUGUUCUGAGAAAAUGUAAGAUUUGAUAGGUUUUUUUUUUUCAAAACUUCUGUAAUGGUACUUUUUUUCUUUAAAAACUCACAGCCAUGUUGAGAAAGGAAUAAUUCCAAGAAGCUAGGUGUGUAUUUGAGUUUGGGCAUUACAGUGAAGUUUUUGUUCAUUUUAUUUUUUUCCAUCGAAGCCCACAGUAGUUUGCAGGAGAAUGUCAAAGCUGGCUGAUUGUAGCACGUCUUUGGGGGGAAACAGACACGCUUGAAGCACACAAGUUAUCAUUGUUCAACCCAAACGACUGUGUUACAAGUUUUUAACCCUUACAGGCUGUCUUCGGUAUGCAUGUGUUGUUUUCUUUUUUUGUUCUUUUUGUCGUGCUGAAUGCUUCACUGGCGUGCAUACUUGUGAGAAUAUUUUCAUCGCCACCUGCUUCAUGUGUGGGUGGUAACAAGAAAAGAAGCAUCAUUAAUGGCACAAGCAGCCGUUGCACAGAGAUAAAAGAACCUGUGUUACUUUUCUUCCUGCUCUGGUCAAGGAUGGUGGUCACUGAUCAAUUUGAGACUAUGUGGGUAUAGUAAGUAUACUUCUAUGUGAGAUAAAAUAUUGCUAUUGUGGGCUGUGAUGAAUGGAACGAGUUUCACAAAUAUCUGUAACGAGUACAUUAAAGACAUUUCCAAAAUGGCCUUAUAAAGAAUUUUUAAAAAGAUGUCUUCUCAGAAUAAAAAGGUCAAACUGAUGAAAAA